AUGGCUAUGGAGAGGGAACUUCGACGACAAUCACAAUUCAGCUCAAUUACCAUGGGCUCAACUGUGCGUCUCGUGACAAGUGUACAGUACAAAUACGAAGGCGUUGUUAUUGCCCUUAAUUCAGCCGAUAUGACCAUCACACUUAAAAAUGUCAAGUUUAUGGGAAAAGAAGGUCAACCUAACGAAUCUCCUGCAGAUAAAGAGGAAACGCCUAAGUUUCCCUCAAUUGGAACUCGUUUUGAGUCGAUUACCUUUUGGGUGUCAAAUAUUAAGAAGAUAUCCGUCCUUAACGAGGCCAAAGUGAAUAGUGAAAUUGGGGAUGUUGCAGUUAAAGAGACCAGUGGUGCUGAGAAGAAUACUUCGCCUGUUAAACCCAUAAUCGUAAACCGCGAUUCAGCAGCAGCAGCAGCAGCAGCUGUAGCUCCAAGCGUCCCGGCCCAAGAUAGUAACAAGGAAAGAAGGUCAAAUCGUAAGCCACCGCCGCCCGCAGGUAAUCCCCGCCGUGGUAGAAAUACUGAACCUCCACGUCAAGCCUACAUAGUCUAUAAUACAGCUUCAGUCCCAGGACCAGUUCCCACACGUGGCCCAUUCUCUGUUCCAAUUCGAGAGGCACCAAUAGAAAAUCGCUUCACUCGCCGACCUGGUCCUCGCAACAGUAGAAGCCGAGGCCCUUAUACGCAACCUACUAGGAACGGUGGUUUGCUAUUGUACUUGCCGCCCGAUUUAACGUCUUUGUAUCGCUCAAACGGUCUAAACAUAAUACCACAGUCAAAUUUUAAAGGACUACGCAGUAUCGGAAGGCGACGAAAUUAUGAUCGUCGAAGUGGACUCACGCGUGGCAUCUCAAAUCAACAAGCUGACUCAGAGUUCGAUUGCAGCAAACCGUACGAUUUUGAAACUGCCAAUGAGGAGCUCAAAGUAGAGCUUGCAAAAAUAAAUUUGAACUCGGAGUGUGUAGACGGUCAAAAUACCCCAAGUUCAGGUGACGGUCAGGUCGGUAGUCUCUCAACAGGAACUAGUAUUAAUUAUAACGGAAAGGCAUCUGACAGCGGCGCAUCGGGGGACUCCUCUACAGGUAUAGUUAACAAUGGAACGGAAUCUUCGACAAAUAGCGAUGGUAUGCAGAGUUUAUCAAGGGGCGAGUUCUACGUUCGUGAAAAGUGCUUCUUCGACCAGAUAAGCCGCUCCGAGGGUGGCCCUCGAGGACCGGUCGGCAGUGGGAAGAGUGAGCGUGGGCGUCCUAGCCAGGAUAGGAACCGUGGGCAAGGAGGAUUUAAUCGAUAUGGGAGCGCUGGCUCCAUGUCUCAUGCACGGCUUGAACGCCAGUUGAACAUUGAGACCUUUGGCCAGUCGGCAACUCGCAGUAUUUAUAACCAACGGCGACGGCCGACAGGCUACGUAUCCCGUGAUAUUCUCGUGUCAGCUACUGCUUAA